AUGCUUCACUCUCGCUUUCAGUAUUUUGAUAAGUGGGGAUCCGCCGAGUUGAUUGAGUUGUCCUCUCAAAAGAAGAGAUUGGAUAGAGAUCUCAAUUAUGACGCAUGGCUAAGCGAUCCGACUCACAUUAGGCCUAGUGCCCAAGUGGUUUGGCCGAUAGUAGGACAAGAAAUAUUGAAUGGUGAUCUGGGCGGGGGCUUCCGAGGAAUACACAUAACCUCUGGUUUUUUUCAGAUUUGGCGAGCAUCUGGAAUAACUAGCGAAUUACAACUCUAUUGUACCGUAAUUGGUGGAUUGGUCUUUGCGGCGUUAAUUCUUUUUGCUAGUUUGUUUCAUUAUCAUAAAGCUGCUCCAAAACUGGCUUGGUUUCAAGAUGUAGAAUCUAUGUUGAAUGACCAUUUAGCGGGGCUACUAGGACUUGGGUCUCUCUCUCUCUCUUGGGUGGGGCAUCAAGUACAUGUAUCUUUACCGGUUAACCAAUUUCUAAACGUUGGAGUAGAUCCGAAAGAAAUACCAUUUCCUCAUGAAUUUAUCUUGAAUCGAGAUCUUUUGGUUCAACUUUAUCCUAGUUUUGCCGAGGGAGCAACCCCAUUUUUCACCUUGAAUUGGUCAAAAUAUGCGGACAAUCUUACUUUUCGUGGAGGAUUAGACCCAGUAACUGGAGGUCUAUGGCUAACUGAUACGGGUCGGUCAACUAGGAACAACCUAGCAGAGUGUCCUGAGAUUAUCUAUGUGAACCAUGUUGUCGUAGAUCCAUUUCCGUACGAUCCGUAG